UACAGAAAUAACAUAAAGUAGGAAGCAAGCAAAGAAAAUUUGUAAAAUACAAUGUCAGUCUGAAUGAAAGAAAAUGAGAAGAAAACGACACCACAUAUGCAAAUGCAAGCAGCCAAAUCCUUCUGUUUCCCUAUCAACUCAAACCAACGCAUCUCUUCUGUUUCCAAUUUUUUUCUUCAAUCUUGUCUUCAAUAAUUGUUGAUUGAUGAGGGAUGAAUGAUAUUGAAUCUGCUCCAUGAGGUUGGAGCUUCACUUAGCACACAGCUGCAGUUAUUCCCUUUCAGCUUGGCCUUUGUCUUGUGGAAGUCGAUGAUGAAUCCACAGCGUCUCAUUUCUUACAUGAAUACUCAGACAUAAAAAGGAGGAGAGAGAAUUAUAACCCAAAAGAGACACCUUUUUCACUAAUCUUUCUUUUUCUCUUUUUUUCACUGUUGUUGCUUGCUUCUAUACGUAAUAAUUCAUGCCUUCUUCAGCCUCUCUCUCUCUCUCUCUCUCUCUCUCAACUCUAACCCAUCCCAGAUAAAAGUCACCAAACCCACUCAUUUCCUUUGAAUAUCUCCUGAUUCCUCUACUUUUCCUUCUUCUUCAAUCAUUUAAUACAAACCCUUCAAUUAAAACCAGAUUCAAACCUCAUCUCAUUCACAAAUCUUCCUGCUUUUUACUACUUUCCACAACUCCAGAGGAAGCUAAUCAGACCCACUUUUUCAUUUCUUCUUACAAUGACUUUUGUUUUACUCAUAUUCUUCUACUGCUUAUAUACUCCUUGUCUUGCUGGUUUUCUAAGCCAACCUGUUUCUAGCGAAAACCAGCCACUAAAACCGCGCGACUACUCCACCCCUAAUACUGUUCCGGCAUUUCCGGUUCAAACCGAGUCGCAAACGUGCCGGCUGGACCUCUCAGCGGAGCUAUUUGGAGGUGUCAACGAUGCAUGCGGCCGAGACCUGGACCGGAGCAGGUGUUGCCCGGUGUUAGCCGCGUGGCUCUUCGCUGCUCACGCUCGGUAUGCCCUUCAGGUCCCGGCCUCUGCCCCGACAUCGGCGGAACCUGACCAACCAAUGAUGCCGGAUGACUCUCAAAAAUGCGUGAAUUCGCUGCAAAGCUCGCUGUUGAGCAGGAACGUGAAGAUACCUCAACCGAAUGCGAGCUGCGAUGCUAUAUUGUGCUUUUGUGGGAUUAGGCUUCACCAGAUCAGUUCUCUGAGUUGCCCUGCGGCUUUCAAUGUCAGCUCUGGCUUCCAUAAUGCCACUCCCACUGCUGCUGUGAGGAAUUUGGAGAAGAAUUGUAAGAAUUCCUCGUACGCUGGGUGUACUAAGUGCCUUGGCGCCCUCCAAAAGGUGAAGGCCAGCAACAAGAACCAAACAGAGGAGGGAAGAGAUGACAGGGCAAGCAAUAUGUUCAAUAGGGACUGCCAGUUGAUGGGUCUGACAUGGCUGCUCGCCCGCAACAAGACGGCCUAUAUACCGACGGUUUCAGCCGUUUUACGAGCCAUAAUGUACAGUGCCCAUCCACCCCACGAAUCCAAGUGCAGCCCGGACCAAGAAAACAUGCCAUUGGCAGUUGAUUCUCUGCAGUUCGAAAAGGCAGAGUCUUGUUCAUCGUCACUAUCAUGGUGGUCUGUUUUGCCCGCAAUGAUCUUGGUUUCCCUCCUCUCCCCCUGUAAUUUUUAAGUUUUUUUUUUUGUUUUUUUUUUUUCAGUACUUGGGAUUGGGAUCAUGGAGGGUGGGUGGAGGAAAUCACGUGAAACUAGCAGACAAAACAGGGCUAAUUGAUAAUGGGGUUGUUUUUGUCUUUUUGCCCACUGUAAAUUUCAGCCAGUUUGCAGGAUUCCAGACUCGUUGGUUCA